AGCAAAUCCGUCGGCAUCGCAGCUUAUAAUACCCCUUGGUACAAUUUGAAACCCAGUGACGGCCGCGUUUUGUUGUUUAUUAUAUUACGAUCGCAGAAGCAACUGACGCUCACAGCAGGAAAGAUGGUGGAUCUCUCCCUAGAAUCCUUCGCGAGUAUCAUGAAAGCCUCUGGAUCAUACUUGUCGGUGCUGUUGGCGAUGCAAUGA